AAAUCAAGAGUCUCCAAGUGGGUGACGUGUGAACUGAUUUCCCACCCAUUACAUUGCUUUUUUUCACCCACCACUCUCCAAAAUCUUCUUUCCACACACACAAGAUUGCAGUACACAAACUAAGAACACCACCAUUACCACAGCCAUAGCACACAGAAUCACCAAAACAGCCACAACAAAAACACUCUCUUACAUUGUAUGCUAUGUCCCUUUUCUGCACGAAAGAGAAAACCAUUCUGAUGUCUCAGCCCUCUUACUCAACUGAAUCUGACAACCAGAUUCCUCCUCAUCAGCCAUCAAAACCGAAGAAACCCCUCCCCCCCGAUGACAGAAAGAUGGGCCAAGAACACCAAGAGAAGAGUGACAAAACUUCUAAACCCCACGAGAAGAAGAUGGAAACUGCACUGGACAGUGUUGCUGAAGGAAAAACCGUUGAAGGUGAAGCUAGUGGUCGUGAUAGGUUGAAGAGGCAUAGAGUUGAAGUUUCUGGGAGGGUUUGGAUUCCUGAGAUAUGGGGUCAAGAGGAUCUCUUGAAGGAUUGGAUUGACUGCACAGCAUUCGAUGCUCCUUUGGUUCCGAGCAGAAUAGUGAUGGCACGAACGGCUUUGGUGGAAGAAGGUCGAAGGGCCACAUCGGGUGUGAUAAGAAUCGAGAACAGGUGUUGAAUUCUUGUGGCUUAUAUAAUUGGAUUAUUCAGUUCAUUCAGUGAGAAGAACCAUGUAUUGUUAUUGGUUAUGAUAUGAAUGUUUUGUUAAUCCUUCAUCCGUCAUGAUGUUUGUAUUAUCCGUUGUUUUGGAUAUGUAAACAUUAUUA